UUUUUGAUUUCCCGCUGUCAGUAGGAACUCACCUUUUGCUGUGGAAAGCUUCAGAUUUUCUGAAAUUUCAAUCGAAAUAAAAGUGAGAAUCAUGGAGUUAAAAAACAAGCACAUCGUACGUUCGGUGGAACGACCAAUACCUAUUUAUCCACUGACGGUCACUAGACUCAGCCGGGAGCUGAGCAAGAUUGUCCGCAAUCCACCGGAGGGCUGCAAAAUAAGAAUCACAAACAAUAUGUUCCAAUGGCUGGCCUUGAUCGAUGGGCCCGCUAAAACUCCGUAUUAUGGUGGGCUCUUCAAGAUACUUUUGGACUUUCCCCCAAACUAUCCAUUCUCGCCACCGACUGUACGCUUUCUAAACAAAAUCUUUCAUUCGAAUGUCGGCACAGAUGGUUCCAUUUGUCAUUUGGAUAACAUCUGGGUGCCGGUGCAGACCGUGGAGAGUAUAUUGAAGGCGCUCGUAAUGCUACUGAUAAUGCCAAUUCCCGAGGAUCCAAUGAAUCCACUUGCCGCAGUUAUGUACAUCUGCAAUCGCUUCCAGCAUGACUACAUUGCAUGCAUGUGGACAUGCCGCUUCGCCAAUGCAGAUUAAGCUCUGCUUUCAAUUUAAUGCUGCUGCUGCUGCUGUUGCACCACUGAUCAUAUGCAACUAACAUAAUCUGAACACUUGCAACACUUGCAACAUCGACAAUAAUUAACAUAUGUUAAAACACAAAAUAUGGAAGAUUCAUUAAAAACCAGAAGAAAUGUU